CCUGUUGUUCGCGAACGAGGAAUUGAGGAAUGUAGAUAUACCGUAAACGUGAAUGCCAUCAUGAACACCAAAAGAAAUCCGCAGCAUGUAUCAAAUUUGUACAACGGAGGUAAUCCCGGUACUGUAGGAAGGGACAGUCCAUCGGCAUUGUUAGAAGUACUUGCAGAAGUCGCAUCUCAAACGCUGCACUCAGAAAAGAAACAUAUUAACUCGAUGCUGACGUUGCAAUUCAAACCUAAAACUACGAGUAUGAAACGAAAAGAAUCGUGUUUUACUGUUUCUCAACUCGCAUCUAUGCCUGUUUCACAUCUUGUUAAGCAAUUUGCCGUUUUUACAAGCGAUGAGCUCAAAAGACAAUAUUCUUACACUUGUGCAUUAAUGCCUGGUUGCCAUGAGAAAUAUACUAGUUUUGCUAGUGAAGAAAAAGCGAGAGCAUGCAUAAAAAUUCACCUAGAGAAGCAUUUAGAACAGCUAAAAGCUGAUAAAGAGACUUAUGAUACAUUUACAGCAAAAAGUAUAAAUCAUAAGAAUCUCAAAACUAAUUUACAAAAUAAGAAAAGUCGGAUGCAACAGAUAAAGAAACCACAAGAAACAUUAAAUAAGGAGAAUAAAGACAUAAUAUUGGAAAAGCCCACCAAUUGUUUACGUAAAAUAUUUUUGAACGAUAUUAAUAUUAAAGAAAAUGAGAAGCAGAAAUGUUUUCAGAAAUCGGAAAAUAAGGAAGUGUGUGACACUGAAUUAAAAAAUAUUUCACAAAUAGAUAAUAAGGUUCUUGGCGAUCAUAGUUAUUCCGAACGAUUAAGUGAUACACCUAAUACAAAAAAAACAUCUCUCGAUAAUAUUCCUGAUAAUGCAGGAGAAGAAAAUAUUGUAUUGAUGGUUGUUGGUACUGAUAGUGUACAUAUGAAAGAGUAUUCUCAUGUCCAUCAGAAAUUAGCUGAAAAUUGUCAAGAUUCUAAUAUUUGUUCACCAGAUGAAACUCAAAUCAGCACAAAAUCAAACACAGAGAUAUGUCCAACUACCAAGCCUAAAGGAAAAGCAAAGUUUAUUGGCACUAGCAAAGAAGAAAGAGAAAUGGCAUUAGCAUAUAUAGAACGUAUUAAGAAGAAGGGUAAUCCUACAGGGAACAAUCUUCAAUGUCGCAUUUGCGACCCCCCUCGUAGUUUCACAGCGCCUACAACUUUAGUGUCUCAUUAUCGAAGUCACGCUGGAAUAAAACCAUACGAGUGUCGGAUAUGUAAAGCUGUUUUUACGAGAAGGCACAGUUUGAAAUAUCAUACAUUAAUUCAUCAAAAUCAGACUCGUUUUACAUGUACAGAUUGCGGAAAAAAGUUUAGGCAUCCAUCUCAUUUUAGAGAACAUCAACGUAGGCAUACUGGAGAAGCACCAUUCGGAUGUGAUGAUUGUGGACAACGGUUUAAAACCAGAAAUACUUAUAAACGUCAUUUAAAAACACGACAUAAUAAAAUCCUUACUACAUUUGGUGAAGUUUUACAUCCUCCACAAGAAGAAUAUCAAAAUGUUCGAAUUAAUCGAAAAAAGAAAGAUGAUUCUCCAAAAGCUACAAUAAAUAUCAAUAACAUCGCAUCCAAUGCAAUAGUAAGGUUUGAAAACCAUGACGAAACGCAAGUUACUACAAAUACAACAGAAGAAUAUGUUCUAAAAGAUGGUAUUGAUAGUAACAGAAACUGGGAAACAAAUGAUAUAAUACAAAUUGAUAAAUUUGAGAGUUUUGAGAUUUGUUCGGAAUCUCAAUUGAAUAAGACUGAUGGUAUAGAGACUGAAAUAGCUAUAGAGUGUAAAUACCCCGAUAGGAAGAACAGCAAUGUGGAAUGUAUUGAUAGUAUAGAGGAUGGCCUGCUGCAAUUAAAAAAUUCUUUUUACGAUAAUUUAAGAGUAACUGAUAAUGAAGAGAAUCAUGUUUGUCAACAUAAUAUCGAGAAUCAAGAUUAUGAAUGUAAUAAUGAAAUAAAAUGUAAAGUCAAUUCUAAAAGUGAAACAUCAAAAGAAGAAAUACAAAAAGAUGAGGAAGUAAUUGAUGAAAUAAAUACAGAUUUUCCAGAAAAACAAGGUAAAAGCAACUUGCAAUUGUUGCAAGAAACGCACGAUUAUCAUAAGAAGAUAUUCAAUAGUGACGUACAAGACAAAAACAUAACAUAUUUAAAAAUAGCGCAAACAGAAGCUACAAAUUCCAAUGAAAAUGAUCAAAAAUAUGAUGAAAAAUAUGUCAUUAUACAGAAUGAUGUCACGAAUGAAAAUCCUACUAAUGCAUAUAAUCCUAAAUAUGCAAAUAAUAUUGAUAUUGAAAAUAAAGAAUAUCCGGGAAAUAACAUCUUCUGUGCACAGGUUGUAUAUGAAAAUAUUAAUAUUUUGCAAGCAUUCAAUGAAGCUAGUGAAGAGAUUAUUCUAGAAAAUCAAAAUAACGUAUUGCAAGAAAGCGAAUGUAUAACUCAAUCUGUUGCGACUGAUGUGGUAGAAAUAUUAAAUGUUUCUUCAAAAGAGAGUAGAGAAACAAAUCAAGAAACCAAUCAACGACAAAGUCAUCAGUAUUUAUACGUCCGUUCCGAACAGUUAAGUACAUUAAUUGCUCAGAAUAAAUACGUAACUAUACCGCUACAUCAAAUCAAGUUGUGUCGCAAUCAUGGAUUGCAAGCGAAAGUGGACAAUCACCGAUCGAUAUAUAUCAUAAAUGAGGAUAUACAAACAAUUAUAAAGCAAUCUGAGAAACAAAAUACGAUUUUAAUUUUAUCUAGUGAUAUCUGCAAGAACAGCAUUUUUCAAAUUGACAAAAAUAGUAUUAUUGUCAAAGCUCUAAAGAGAUAG